AAGUCAGUACAAAACGGCAACAACGCAUGUGGACUCCACCUAGUCGAAUAUGAAACGUGUACGAGGGAUCGAUUUGCCCAUUUGGAGUCUAAGGUUAAAUUCAUUCAGCGCUCUCUAAAGAGAACAACUCAUCAUGUCUCAUUUAUGGCGGGCCCUUCAAGCUAUAUGAAAGUCGUCAUAGGGACUCUUAUUUUUGACAACGUUCUCAUCAAUAAGGGAGGAGCCUACAACGGCAAGACUGGUAUCUUCACCGCCCCCGUAUCUGGGUCAUACUUCUUUGUGGUCACUAUUGGACUUCCAACCCCAUCCGCCGCUAAAGGCUCGAACUACGUAAGGAUACAUAUCAUGAAGAACGGGAAAAUUUCCUCUUACCUGUUCAUCGGAACUGAAGGAUUAUGGGUCAAACGAUCAGAAAAUACCAUACUGGAGCUUUCAAAAGGGGACAGAGUAAACCUGUACAUGAGAACCAUUGGCAGUGGGUUUUCCGUCAUUGCUGGAAAAUCUAAGUAUCCUGGUGCAACUUAUCAUUCGCACUUCUCUGGAUUUCUAAUCAAUUGAUGCAAGUUCUAUUGAAAUGAAUGAAUAAAUAUGUAAUGAU